CCAGACCCAGCGCACCCAGCUGCGCCUCCUCCUCUGCACUCUCCACCCCUGAUCUCGUCACUGUGGAUUAGCUGGUGAGAGAGAGAGAGCGAGGGGCUCCCGGUACGGUGCGCGCUCCCGGCUCACUCCAAGCGCGCUCACAUCCAGCCAGCAGCGGCCGCCGAGAGUGCGCCCCCGCCUCAGACCCUCCUCCAUUCAAAGCAGCCAGGAUCCUCUUGUCGGCUAGCUUGCUGCUGCAGCCUCUCCAUACCUGAAAGAAUCAUCUGCAGCCAUAGCGCUGGCACAGAGCUCUCAGAAUACUCAGCCAGAGCUCCACUGACUGCAGGUGGAGGCUGUUUUAAGAUCUUCUCACAGAAACUAUGGAGAACAGUUUUCUCUUCUCCACAAAGAAAACUGUUUUGUUUCUCACACUGGUGUUGUGGGAGUUAUCAAGGCAAGGACAUGCAGUUGAUACACUGGAUGAUGAUGCAAAAAAUAACAUUACUAUAUUUACGAGGAUUCUAGAUAGACUUUUGGAUGGAUAUGAUAACCGUCUAAGGCCUGGAUUAGGAGACCGAGUAACAGAAGUUCAUACGGAUAUUUACGUGACAAGUUUUGGUCCUGUUUCUGAUACAGAUAUGGAAUACACAAUAGAUGUGUUUUUCCGUCAAAACUGGGAAGAUGAGAGAUUACGAUUUAAAGGACCGAUGCAUAUUCUUCGGCUGAACAAUCUAAUGGCUAAUAAAAUUUGGACUCCAGACACAUUCUUUCAUAAUGGAAAAAAGUCUAUUGCUCACAACAUGACGAUGCCAAAUAAGCUGUUAAGAAUUCAAGAUGAUGGAACUUUGCUAUAUACAAUGAGGCUUACUGUUCAAGCUGAAUGUCCAAUGCAUUUGGAGGAUUUUCCUAUGGAUGCCCAUGCGUGUCCACUAAAAUUUGGCAGCUAUGCCUACACAACCUCAGAAGUAACUUAUGUGUGGACACGUAAUGCCACAGAGUCAGUAGUGGUGGCCCCCGAUGGAUCAAGGUUAAAUCAGUAUGUUCUGUUAGGACAUUUAGUUGGGAAAGAGACAAUCAAAUCAAGUACAGGAGAAUACACAGUAAUGACAACACAUUUUCAUCUGAAAAGAAAAAUUGGAUAUUUUGUAAUUCAGACUUAUCUUCCCUGCAUCAUGACAGUAAUUUUGUCUCAGGUGUCAUUCUGGCUAAACAGGGAAUCUGUGCCUGCAAGAACAGUUUUUGGUGUUACAACUGUAUUGACAAUGACAACUCUCAGCAUCAGUGCAAGAAACUCCCUUCCAAAAGUAGCUUAUGCGACAGCCAUGGAUUGGUUUAUUGCCGUUUGCUACGCUUUUGUAUUUUCAGCGUUGAUAGAAUUUGCCACUGUAAACUACUUUACUAAAAGAGGAUGGGCCUGGGAUGGUAAAAGCGUUGUCAAUGACAAGAAAAAGGAAAAAGCGUCUGUAAUUAAGAAAAAUAAUGCUUAUGCAGUGGCUGUGGCAAAUUAUGCUCCGAACAUCACCAAGGAUUCAGCUCUGCCGACAAUAUCGAAAAGUGCAACUGCGGAUGCUAGCAAAGCAAAACCACAGGAAGCAAAGAAAACGUUUAACAGUGUUAGUAAAAUUGACAGAAUGUCUCGGAUAGUAUUCCCACUUUUGUUUGGUACAUUUAACUUGGUAUACUGGGCUACCUAUCUUAAUAGGGAACUGGCCAUAGAAGGUCUUGUCUUUUCAAAAUAGAAGUCAACGUUGCUAAUAGUAUAUUAGCAUCUUCAGACUCAAAUAGAUUGUUUUAGUAUGGCUAAUAAUAAAUGCUGAAUUUUGAAUUGACAUGUACACUAAGUACCUCUUUGGUAAGAAGGGGGCUCUGUUAACUAGAACGAGCUUUGAAUAGCUGAGUAUCAUGACUUAUAUACACAAUUUCCUGUUUACAAAGUGAAUUUACUUUGAUUUAAGGUUUUGAUGCAGUUUAUGGGGAAUGGUUCAUUGUUAACAGAGAAAAUAAAUUGCCAGUAUUUUUUUUUUUCCCCUUAUCGGAACCCUACAGUAUUUUGUUAUUUAGAGUAUUAAUCUUUUUUAUGACAAAUAAUGUUAAUUACUGCAAAUAAUGCAACAUGCUGUGUAAAAAUGAUUUCUAAGUUCAUAAAUGCAAAAUGUACUUUACCUAUAUUUUAUGGAUUCAUGUAUCAAAUGCACAUUUUGUUUCCAAAUUUUAAGUGCAAAAGUUAAUAAUGUAUUCUUUUUAGUUGGUGCAGUGUGCUACGAUUAACAACUCAUUUUCUCUAGGAGAUAAUUCUGCAACUAUAAUACAUAUCAGGGAAAUGUGUUGCCAUAUACAACUGCCUUCCUAUUUGUUGAAGUAUGCUUUCAUAAUGAAAGUAUGCAUAGGUUCUCAAAUGGAAUAUGUUUAUUAUUGUGUUGCUGUGCUAGAGAAGUGUCAAUUUACUGCAAUGCCACAAAGUACACACUCUUCAGGCACACACAGUGUACCCCAUUCUUGAAAAAAAAAACAGGAUCUAAAUUUAUUUUAUGUAUAAUUUUGAUGAAAAAGAAUCAUUUCAAAACACAAAAUAUUGCAAGUUUCUAUCAAUUCUUUAUGAAAAUGUUUUGAUUACAGUUAAAAACCCAUCUAGCAUGAACACAUAUAAUACAUAAAUAUAGAAUUAAAUGACUCUAUCCCCGCUAUUCUUCUAAUUCUUAUAUAUAAGUAGGUAAAUGCGUUCUUCAUAAAAUUUUGUUUUUUUCUUAGAUCUCAAGUAAUUUUGCUUAUUGUUCAAUAUAAUAGUAACUAUUCUAAAAUCUAAAUCCCCGUUGUGAAUUUGCCACCAAAACUUAGUUCGUACUAGACCUUGACUUUUUUAAUACUUUUUUAUAAUCCUAAAUGGCUGAACAUAUGUUACAUGUUUUUUUUUUUUUUUUUUUAAUGGAUCAAAAAUAAUUUUUGGGGCAGAGUGCUCCCCAGUUAGGACGGACUUCAAUAAAGGGCCCUUCAUACUAAGGUCAUUUUGUUUGCAAAUCAAGUAUCCUAGCCUAAAAGUAGCGCAACACCAAGCAUGAUCAGAUGUGAAUUGAGCAUAACUAAACAAUACACACUCCAUGUCUAUAGAAAAAAAAUAACCUGGAACCCAAGAAAAAAAAAGACAUCAGCCCUUGAACUUUGAGGCUAAAUUAGACAGGUUCCCUAUCAAACAUCACAUGAGUUCACACCACUAAUGAGUCUUUUUUAAGUCCAGUCACAGAUAGAACUUUGUGGUAAAUAUAGGCUUUUGAGUUGUAUUAUAUGGCACAUUUACCAUUUCUGUUUGAGAGUUGUAAAAAUAUGUAUUACCCAACAGCUUGAUAUUUGAUCUUCAGACACUCAAAGGGUUGCGAUGUCUCGAUUCUCUACUUUUGUAUUUGCACAAAAAUAAUGUCAACCUACUGUAAUCUUAUUGCAAAUCACCUCAAUAGUUAAAUUUGUGUAUUAACACCUAAUCACUUUUAUUUACAUGGAAAACAUUGUGGUUGCAAAGUAUCCUUUAAUUUUUUACAGUAUUUCUGUAAAAAAGUAGUGCAGCUUUUUUUGUUACGUUUCUCAAGGAUGUGCACCCUCCUGACGAUUACAUGAAGUUAAAUAAUGAGGUGUAAACAUAAUUAAUUGUGCUCUGUUAGUUUUGUUUUGUUACUAUUAUUGAGUCUGACAAUGUAUUUGCCAAGGUCACAAAUAUACUUUAUUACAGACUUUAGAGUAAAUAGUGAAUUUUGAAAGCAAAGAAUGUAUUACCCAGGAAGCACUGCAUGUGAUGUAAAAUGUAUUGCAUAUUUCUUAGUUAACAUGUGAAUAGAAAAAAAAGAGGCUAAGCGGAGCACUUUAUCUGUAUAAGAUACUAGAAAUAUUUAUUUUGGUAUAUUUAUCUGAAGAAACAGAACAUUUUUCAUUGAAUCUGGUUCUUCCAUUGAGGUAUGUAGUGUGUAUAAUACAUGUAUUAAUGGUAAGCAAUAAUCCUGUAUAAUAGUAGCAUACACUAAUUGAUUUACAGUGUGUCAAAUUAUUUAAUAUACUAAACAUAGAGAUACCAUUCUCUUCAGUUACAGAUACAAGUUAAAUAUUGAUAUCCCUUUGCAGUCUUUAAUUAAUAAGGGAAGUGGUAAAGAAAUGGUCCAUUGGCCUCAUGCAAGUCUAAUCCAUUUGCAGAUGGAUAGUGGCCUGCCUGAAUAAAGGAUGUCAUAUUACAUCUUUGAUUUUUUGUUUUUGGUCUUAUUAAAACAUUUUCACAGUGCUAUUUAUGGUAAAAGUAGUGCCAUAUAUGUAUAAGUAUACAGUACAAUAGUAAAUUUAUUAAUACUACUGUAUAACAUGUUUAUACAUUAAAUCUUUUUUCUUUUGUGCAUAUUUAUUUUAUCAGUCUUUGUUUCGUAUAAUCCCUGCUUCCCCAAAAUAACUGUUUCCAGUGUUUCUAAUGAGAGUAGAUAUGUGUAAAUUUUGAACUUUUCCACGUUAACAGUAUUUAAAUUAGCGAUUGUAUAUAAAA